CUAAUAAACCGCGCCCGUUCGUCCCCAGCUGCGCGGCGCGGCGCAGCAAUUUUACAAAGCACGCGGAUUAAUUAAACCUAACACGCGCACGCGCAUCCGCCCCGCCCCUCCUCCCCCGCCGGCCAGCGCGGCAGGCGCGGCGGAUCCGGCCCCGCCGCCCGCCACAUGCACCCAUUCUGCUGCGUGCCCCCCGUGCCCGUCUCCCCCGCCUCCUCCGCCGCCGCGGCCGCGGCGGCGGCGCCCCCCGCCGUGGCGGGCCUCCCUCCCGCCAUGCCGCCGCCGCCGCCACCGCCGCCCCAGCCCGCUCGCUGCUGCAGCAGCAGCUCAGCAGCCGGCGGCGAGCGGCGGGCGCGCGUGGGCGUUGGCGGGGGCCCCUCCUCGCCGCCUGACGGGGUGAGGCUGAACGAGAUCGUCGGCGGCGGCAUCUCGGGGGUCCUCUACAAGUGGGUCAACUACGGCCGCGGGUGGCGGCCGCGCUGGUUCGCGCUCAGCGACGGCGUGCUCUCCUACUACAAGAUCCACGGGCCCGACCGCAUCGACCUCUCCCGCGACACCGACCGCGGCGCCAAGGUCAUCGGCGAGGACUCGCUCCGCCGCCUCGCGCGCCCCUCCGCCACCCCCGCCCCCUCCUCCUCCUCCUCCGCCGCGCCCCACUCCAACGGCCACCACCACCACCACCACCACCACCACACGCCCCGCAAGCCCCUCGGCGAAAUCCACCUCAAGGUGUCGACCGUCAGAGAGAGCAGAUCGGACGACAGGCGGUUCUCCGUCUUCUCGGGGACCAAGCGGCUGCACCUGCGGGCCGAGACGAGGGAGGACAGGGCCGCGUGGCUCGAGGCGCUGCGCGCCACCAAGGAGAUGUUCCCGAGGAUGUCCACCAGCGAGAUGGUCGGGCCGGGGGACACCGCGGCGGCCGCGGCGGUCUCCACCGAGCGCCUCAAGAAGCGCCUGCAGCAGGAAGGGGUCAGCGAUGCCGCCGUUGCUGACAGCGAGAGGAUCGUGCGGGAGGAGUUCGAGGCGCUGCACAAGCAGCUUGUGCUCCUCAAGCAGAAGCAGGCGCUGCUCCUUGACACGCUCCGCCAUCUAGAGACAGAAAAGGUCGAUUUGGAGAAUACCCUUGUUGAUGAGAGCCAAAGACAGUCGAAAGAGUAUGGAUCUGCUUCCAGACCAAGGAAUGAGAAGCUUAGUGAAGGAAGUGGUAGCGAAUCUGAUGAUUACAAUGAACCACAAGAUCCUGCUGAAGAGGAGACUGACGAUGAAGAGAACAUAUAUUUUGAUACAACUGAUUUCCUUUCAUCUAGUUCUUUUAAAAGCAGUGGAUCUGAUUUCCAAAGAUCUGAAGCUGGUUCAGAUGAUGAGGAUGACUACCCGAUGGAUGGAAUUGAUCCUUCUAUGAAGUCUGUUGGAAUUAAUUAUCCGUAUGUGAGAAGGCGUAAGAAGCUACCAGAUCCAGUUGAGAAAGAGAAGGGUGUUAGUUUGUGGUCAAUGAUCAAGGACAACAUAGGAAAGGAUCUUACCAAAGUCUGUCUGCCUGUUUACUUCAAUGAACCUCUUUCAUCAUUACAAAAAUGUUUCGAGGAUCUCGAGUAUUCCUACCUUAUUGAUCGUGCAUAUGAAUGGGGCAAAAGGGGGGAUAGUCUGAUGAGGAUUCUAAGCGUUGCAGCAUUUGCUGUUUCUGGUUAUGCCUCUACGGAUGGAAGGAGCUGUAAGCCCUUCAACCCUCUUCUUGGAGAGACCUAUGAAGCAGAUUAUCCAGACAAAGGUCUUCGUUUUUUCUCAGAAAAGGUCAGUCAUCAUCCAAUGGUUGUUGCAUGCCACUGUGAGGGAAAUGGCUGGAGGUUUUGGGCAGAUAGCAACCUGAAGAGCAAGUUCUGGGGUCGCUCCAUUCAACUUGAUCCUGUUGGUGUGUUAACACUGGAGUUUGAUGAUGGUGAAGUUUUCCAGUGGAGCAAGGUGACGACUUCCAUUUACAAUCUCAUAUUGGGUAAACUGUAUUGUGAUCACUAUGGUACUAUGCGCAUUCAAGGUAAUCGUGAAUAUUCAUGUAAGCUGAAGUUCAAGGAGCAGUCAAUUAUUGAUCGCAAUCCUCAUCAGGUCCAAGGUGUUAUUCAGGACCGAAGUGGUCGAACUGUUGCUACGCUCUUUGGUAAAUGGGAUGAAAGCAUGCAUUACGUGAUGGGUGAUUGCUUUGGAAAAGGCAAGGGAUCUGAGAAUUUUUCAGAGGCCCAUUUGUUGUGGAAAAGGAGUAAACCACCAAAGUUUCCCACUCGAUACAAUUUCACUAGCUUUGCGAUCACAUUAAAUGAACUUACCCCUGGAUUGAAGGAAAAACUGCCACCAACAGACUCAAGAUUGCGACCGGACCAGAGGUGCCUAGAGAAUGGCGAAUAUGAAAGAGCAAAUGCUGAGAAGUUGAGGCUUGAGCAGAGACAACGGCAGGCACGAAAGAUGCAGGAGAGUGGGUGGAAACCUAGGUGGUUUGCGAAGGAUAAAGGUAGCGACACAUACCGCUACCUCGGUGGCUACUGGGAAUCCAGAGAAAAGAGCAACUGGGAAGGCUGCCCUGACAUUUUCGGACAACUUCCAAACGAUCUAAUGAUCACUGACUAGGUUCAAGUAGGUUACAGGUCUUCUGGUUCUCUGUUUUUCUUCUUGUUUCUGGAUCCGUUGGCUCCAUUUUUAGUGGUUUAUACUAGAGCAAUUAAACGCCUUUCCACCUGUAAGCAAAGGCUGCCCUUCAGAUACAUUGUUUUAACGUACAUAAUAAGAGUGUCGUUUGUCCAAAAGGUCUCUCUGAAUCAAAUGUUUUUCUUGUGUGGAUUUCACUCUGCACAAGUUCAGAGUGUGUGUCAUAUAGGCCAUUUGUGUAUAUUUGAAUAUGUAACGUGCAUUGAAGCGCCAAAGAGUAUUAAAGCAUGCAUACUGAUGGUGUGCCAUCUAUCUAUGGCAUCGAGAUGCAGUUUCAUUUUGCCCCUGAA